GUUUUGUUUUCUACACAGCUCUCAAUUUUUGUUCACUUCAUUUGAGUCUUCCUAGGUUAUAAUAUUCAAGAAAAAAAAUGGGUAUCUUCAAGUUUUUCUAUGAAAUCAAAGCUAAUGCUUCUCACAAGAGGAUGUUCAAGGCUGUGAUGAUUGAUAACGCCGAUGUUUUGCCGAAAGCCUCCCCAUUCAUCAAGAGCAUAGAGACAGUUCAAGGAGACGGUGGUGUUGGAAGCAUUAAGCAGACAAAUUACGGUGACGAAUCUAAAUACAAGUACAUGAAGUACAGGAUUGAUCAUCUGGACCACGAAAACUGCGCAAGCAAGUUGACUUUAUUUGAGGGAGACGUACUUGGAGACAACAUUGAAUCUAUUAGCUAUGAUGUGAAAUUCGAGGACUCAAAAGAUGGAGGAUGUGUCGUCAAGUUCACCUCUGAGUAUAAUACAAAGGGUGAUUUUGUGCUAAAAGAAGUGGAUGUUAAUGUAGGCAAGGAACAAUCUUUUGUACUCUACAAGGCUUAUGCAGAUUACCUGAAUGCCAAUCCUCAUGUUUGUGCCUAAAUGUUUUCCAAUUAUGUCUUAACGUUGUCAAGAAUUUCUGUAUUUCUACAUAAAUGUUACUUUUGCCUUAAUAAAAUAAUUGUUCUGCUUUUCCAUUGAA